AUGAGAAUAAUACUGUUCAUUGCUUAUCUGCUUUGUCCUGUAGCAGUGAAAUCACAGGAAACACAAGGGGGGAGCAUUGACCCUGUGGUCUCGCUGACAAAUGGCAAAAUCAGAGGAGAAAUUGUGUCUGUGAAAGGGACAGAGAUCAAAGUGAAGCAAUUCCUGGGAAUCCCUUUUGCCCGCCCUCCAGUGAGGCACCUCCGACUGGCUGCUCCCAGAGAUGCAGAGGCUUGGGAGGGGGAAAGAGACGGCACACGGCAGCCUCCUAUGUGUAUUCAGGACUCUGAUGUAGUUGUGAAUGUUUCUGAAGUGAUGUCAGUAGAAUAUACUCCACCAGAAGUUUCAGAGGACUGUCUGUAUCUGAAUGUAUACACACAAGCUGAGGCAAAAAGGGGUGACAAACUGCCAGUCAUGGUGUGGCUCCAUGGAGGAGGUCUGGUAAUGGGCGCUGCCUCUCAGUACGAUGGUGCUCCAUUGACUGCUUAUGAAAAUAUAGUGGUGGUAAUUGUUCAGUAUCGCCUUGGUAUUCUGGGAUUCCUGGGCACUGGAGAUGAACACCUUCGAGGGAACUGGGGUUUCUUGGAUCAGCUGGCAGCUCUGAGGUGGGUACAGGAAAAUAUUGAAGCCUUCGGUGGUGAUCCUCAAGCUGUCACCAUCGCUGGACAAUCUGCUGGAGGCAUCAGUGCGUCUAUACUGACCCUGUCUCCGCAAGCUCAAGGAUUGUUUCAAAGGGCCAUUUUUCAAAGUGGAGUUGCAACAGUUGGACCCUACACGAGCAACCAUUCAUCGACUCUUGUGAAGAUUGUAGCCAACCUGACGGGAUGUGAUGACAGUACGUCACAGGAACUGCUUCAGUGCUUGAGAGGAAAGAGCAAAGAAGAGUUAGUUGAUGCGACUAAAAAGAUGAAAAUUUACCUGGGAGGCGUGGUCGACGGUGUCUUUCUGACUGAUACUGCAGAGGAGCUUCUAAAGAGGAAAGAAGUCAUGCCAGUUCCGGUUUUGAUGGGAAUAACCAACCAUGAAUUUGGAUGGAUUCUGCCUCAGAGUUUUGCUCUUCCUGGCUGGGAGAACGGUAUGACAAGAGACUCUGUGCUGGCAAUGGUGAAAAUGUUCAAUCCUGAAGCGGCAUCUUUAGCCAACAGUCUCAUUGUGGACGAAUACCUGAAAACUGCCAACACCCCAGUUGCCAUUAGAGACACAUUCACUGAACUCAUGGGAGACCUCCUGAUGACGCUACCUGUUGUCAAAGUGGCAGACUACCACACAGAUGCGGGCAAUCCAGUUUACAUGUAUGAGUUCGGAUAUUGUGCUGAGACAUACAAAGACCUCAGGCCCCGUUUCGUGAAGGCAGAUCAUGGAGAUGAUGUCAGCUUUGUGUUUGGCGGAUGUUUCUGGAGUGGUAAUGUAAAUAUUAUGGGAAACAUUACCAAAGGGGAUGAACAACAUUGUUUAACUAUAAUGAAAUACUGGGCCAAUUUUGUCCGUACUGGGUCACCCAAUGGCCCAGGGCUGGUCGCUUGGCCUCAGUAUGACAGGCAGAAGCAGGAGUACAUGGAGCUCGAUAUGAAACAAACUGUAAGACAGAAACUGAAGAGGGACAGAGUCCAUUUUGCAACCGUCACUCUCCCUCAGAAAGUAAAAAUGUUAGCUGCAGCAGCCAUAUCUGGAAAGUGACCUCAGAAAAUGUCCUUGUAUCCAUUACCACUUCUUCAAGGAUAGAGAUUGCAUACCUCCGUGCUAGAACUAAAUGGUGUGACCCCUUGUGACAUCAAAGUAUUGAUUUAUUGAUGUCACACCCCCAGCAGUGUACU